GCCGACAGUACACACUUGUAAAGUGGGAAGCGAUCGGAGUAGGGGUUGUACUAAGUUCAAUCGUCACCAUCGUUUCUUUGGCUUCAUCAGUCUUUCAGUCAGUCUUUUCUCUGAAUAGCCAUUGCUCUUUUCCAAAGUGACGAUACCCCAAAGUAAACAAAGAUAUACUUCUUUGAUUUUCUCACACACAUACACAACACUACACAACAUGGCGUCACCAACAACCCGCCGGCUCGCCGAAUAUGUCGCCACUUCUGAGCCCAUCCUCAAGCUCCCUCACCCCUACCAGACUUCCUACCUCGUCGUGAAGGGCGAACCCGGCGUCGCCAACUCGUACCAGCUCAAGCAACAAGACAGCAAGGCGGCGUUACCCCGUCCCCUUCAUAACGACUCCCUCUUCUUCACCGAGCCCCAAGACCUCAAGUCCUCGGACAAGCCUCACAUCUCCAUCAACACGCCCUGGGGCCGCGCCCGCCGCUCGCCGUCCGUGGCCGUCUCGUGGAAGGAACCCACCGCUCCCACCGUCGGCCAGCUCUGGCUGAUCGCCUAUGUCAUCUUCACCCUCCGGCCCUCCGAGGAGGCCUUUCGGCUAUCCACCUACGGCUUCGGCGCCGACAAGCUCGCCCGCCAGCUCAAGGCCGUCGGUCUGGCCAUCGACCACCCAGCCCCCGCCACCUCCGAGCAACAAAAGCUCCACGGUUCCGAUGCAGGGAAGGAGCUCCUGAUCCUGCGCGGCGCCUUCUGGCAGGGCGCCGGCUCUCCCUUCGGCGCGCGCCCGGCGUGGGCUCCCGAAACCCUUGCCGACAGCGAGGACGGCAGCCUCGAGUCCGUCUACCCCCUGCAGGCGACCGAGUACGUCAUGACCAACGAGCCCAACAGCGCGCUGUGCUGGCACCCUCGCAGGCGGGCCAAGCCCGCUCCCGGGUCCGUCAUCUAUAGCCGCUACAUCCCGCACCUGAAGGAGAACUUUUCCAUGGUGGCGCUGGACUACACCAACCCGGCGCAUCUGGAGCUGUUCCACACGUGGCAGAACGACCCGCGCGUGUCGCAGGGUUGGAACGAGGAGGGCACACUGGAACAGCACCGCGAGUACCUGCGCAAGGCGCACGAGGACCCGCAUCAGAUCACCGUCCUGGCGGCUUUUGAUGACGUCUUUUUUGCUUACUUUGAGAUUUACUGGGCCAAGGAGGACCGCCUGGGAGCCUACUACACCCCCGGCGACUACGACCGCGGGCGCCACUCGCUCGUCGGCGACGUCCGCUACCGCGGCCCCCACCGCGUUUCAGCUUGGUGGUCGUCCCUCAUGCACUAUCUCUACCUGGACGACCCGCGCACCAUGAACGUCGUGGGUGAGCCCAAGUACACCAACACCUCUGUUCUCAUGUACGACAUGAUGCACGGCUUUGGCCUCGACAAGUUUGUCGAUUUGCCUCACAAGCGUUCUGCCUUUGUCACAUGCUCGCGCGAGCGCUUCUUCCAGCUGUGUCCGCUUGAUGAGAACCAAAAGUUCCUCGGCGGUACCCACCUUGGCCUCGUCCCCAAGCUCUGA